AUGGAAGAUAACCGCUCAACUGAGAAUCGUUCCCCUUCCCUUGACGAGGCCGCGGAAGGCUCGGGUACUAAUUUACCAGAUCCUGCGCCAAUUCAAAACAGUGCGGAUGUGGCCGUGCUAUUGGGGAACCUUAUGCGAGCCAUGAAACAAGAGACAAGGGACAUUAUGCACAAUAUGAACGCCCAGCUUCAAGUUUUGGUUGCGGAUAGGGAAAGGCAGCAAGUGCCCCCUCCUGUACAUGUACCACCUCCAGCACCUGCAGCUGUUGCUGCAUCGGGUACACUACCCUUAGCCACUGCUGCUGCUAGGGACCCCAUGGCACCAGUACCACCUCUUGCACCGGCUGCACCCCAAGUGGUGGUACCAGCUUGGGCGGAUGCCUCAAAAUUAUCCAAGAAAUUUCUGAAACAUCGCCCUCCUACUUUCAACAAAAUGGCGGAUGAUUCCAUGUAUCCAGCUCACUGGAUAAGGGAUUUGAAAAGGAUUUUCGAGGUGCUUCAGUGCGUUGACGAGGACAAAAUCAGAUGUGCGGUCUAUCAGCUUAGAGGUGAGGCUGACUCUUGGUGGUGGUCGGAGAAAGAGAACUUUGAACUACUGCAUCCCAACCCUACCUGGGAACUGUUAAAGGAGACUUUCCUUGAAAAUUAUUUCUCCAAGAGCUUCCGCGACAAGAAGCAGGCUGAGUUUACGAGUUUGAUUCAGGGGUCAAGGUCAGUCCUCGAAUUUCAGCAACUGUUCGAGGAGCUCUUCUACUUUGCUCCCGUUCACAUGAAGCCCGAGGCUGUCAAGGCUCGACUUUUUGAGAAGGAAUUGAGGCCCAGCAUUAGCACGUCGGUGGUAUUACAUGAAUAUCCGUCAUAUGCCCGGGUGGUUCAAGCCGCCAAGGUGGUAGAAGACAGACAAAGGGAGAAUUAUAGAGCAAUCCAGGCCAACAAGAGGCCUAUGACUUCCUCAAACUAUAGGGGGCCUAGCAAGUUUCAGAGAGGAUCUUACUCCACUUUAGCUCUGACUCAGAACUAUAGGCAAGGUGCAACUAAGGCUCCUCGGCUGCAAGCAAAUCCUCACUAUGGGGCACAGACGAUUCAAUGUUACAACUGUCUGGGCAGUGGUCACAUUUCUAGGGGAUGCCCAUACCCCAAGCGGGGAGGUACUUCAACUACAGCACCUUCCAAACCACCUCUGUCACGACCAGCUAGUCGUCCUGUUCCGCCUCCAACCAGCAACCGACCUCAGAGGCAAGUCUAUGCACUUACCAAUGAUGAAGCCCAGGCUGACCCUACUGUGAUCACAGGUAUGGUUUCUAUAUGUUCACAACCUGCUUAUGGGUUGUUUGAUUCAGGGGCAACGCAUUCUUUUGUAUCUCCCAUGUCUGCUAAAAGACUAGGAGUCAACUCGAAACGACUUUCCCAGAAUCUUAUGGCUAGUACACUAACGGGCAAUGUCGUUGAACUUGAUGCACUCUAUGAACCUUGCCCGGUAUGGAUCGAUGGUAAGAAACUUGUUGCUCGUCUGAUUGAGUUGAACAUGAGACACUUCGACGUGAUCUUAGGCAUGGAUUGGUUGUCUAUUUACGGAGCUAGCCUAGUCUGUGCAAAGAAGAGGAUUGUGUUUAAACCUGAUGAAGAUGUGGAGCUUGUGUUUGAGGGUUAUAAAUCUCGAAAGCCCAAGAAAAUCACUAUCUCCGCUCUACAAGUCCAGAAGCUGAUAGAGGAAGGAUGUUAG